CCGUCAGAUAGGGAACUGGUCUCCCCACUCCAAUCCCCACCGUUUCUGCUCCUUCGCCCACUCUAUGCCAGCCGAAUGGGCCAAUCCACCCGGGACUGAUAAGACCGUCCAGACCUUACCUCUGCUGGUGCUGUAAGUCGCUGACCGAAACACCGUUGUGUUGGUGUCCCGACGCCCGGUUUCGCAUUCGUUUUAGUAGCGUUAAAAUGUGUUCCGGUUAGGUGGGGGGCCUUUAGUCAGCAUCACGAACUCGCACCGCUCGGACCACGGUCGGGCCGCAGGUUCGCAGUACGAACAACAACAAAAAGAGGUCGCGCGUGGUGUGUGAGUUUGAUAAUAGACCGGAUCGGAACCGCGGUGCUCGGAUUCGGAUUGCGCCAUCGCGCCACUUCCCACACAUCUCAUCCGUCCAUUUUGUGUGAGCGAUUUUUUGUUUUGGAAGGCUUUUAGAAAAACGGCGCCCCGUAAAGGCCCAAAUCCAGAGUGUGCGUGAGUUUGUGAAAGGAGAGAGAGAGAAAAGAUUUUAUACGGCAAAGUGUGUGAUCAUAGCUGAAGAAAAAUUGCUGGAUUAUUCUUGAGCAUGUGUGUUUGAGUGAGUGUGUGUGUGUGCCUGCGUGAUCCUUACGAAGCAAGCAGCCCCUAACAAGUGUGCGAGUGUGUGUGCGAGUAUGCAAAUAAGCUGAAACGACGGAAUGAGUAGCCAUUAACACGUAAAGAUAAGCUUCCAGUGACAGUGCGAUUGCCGAGAUUGCUCACUUAACCAAAGAACUAAGCGCUUAAAUGACAUAAAUGCGAUAAAGAGGCACUACCGAGCAAGCAAAACGUAUCGCAGCAAAACCGAAGCAAUGCUGAUCAACAAAGAAACCAUCCCGUACAGGAUGGGCCUGCAGCCGUUCUACUACUUCCAAUCGUCGCCGCCGGUACAGAAUGAGCGGCUAGGCGGGUACCACCAGCCGAUCACGCCACCGUACCACCACCCGUACGACUUCAUCCUACCGAUGCAAUCGCCCCCGAGCUCGAUGGCCGCAGCUGCGGUGGUCGCGGCCGCUGCCGCCGGUGUCCCGGUACCCACCGAUCCGAUCCGCCUCCGGUCAUCAUCGUCGGCAUCAUCGUCGGCCGCCUCAUCACCAUCGUCUCCGCUGUACUUCUUCCUGAAUGGGUCGUCGGCGGCGGCCAACGGGGCUAGUGCUGCCGGACCACCGGCCACAUCCGUCCCGGGGAAGGACCAGUUGGCGGCGGGACCACUUUCACCGCCGCACACACCACCGCUACGCGAUCGUACGCCGAGCCCCGGGCGAUAUGCGGGACUGUCGGCGGCGGAGUUGGCGCUUGGUGCGGCCGGUAACAACGGUGCGGCGCAGCGCAAUUCUGUCAUCAUGAAGGUGCAGAAUCAGCAGGUCGUACCGAUCCAGGGCGAAACGGAUGCGAGCUCGACGUCCGAGCAGGAGUCGGUCGAGGAGUUUAUCUGCCGCUGGGAAAACUGUUACUGUGUGUUCUUCAAGCUGGAGGAUUUGGCAAGUCACGUUACACAGAAGCACGCCGUCAUCGGGCUCGACGGUUUGUACUACUGCCGCUGGGAGCGCUGCCUGCGCCAGGACCGGGGUUUCAACGCGCGCUACAAGAUGCUGGUGCACGUGCGCACCCACACCAAGGAGAAACCGCACCAGUGCGGCAAGUGUGGCAAAUGUUUUUCGCGCGCCGAAAACCUUAAGAUCCAUCUGCGCUCCCACUCGGGCGAAAAGCCGUACGUUUGCCCGGUUGAGGGCUGUAAUAAAGCGUACUCGAACUCAUCGGACCGGUUCAAGCACACGAGAACACACUCGAACGACAAGCCGUACGUGUGCAAGGUGCCGGGUUGCAACAAACGGUACACCGAUCCGUCCUCGCUGCGCAAGCACGUGAAAACGUUUAAGCACACCAGCCCGAACCAUUCGGCCCUGCUGCCCGACGUUUGCUGUAUGGAUUACGAGAGCUUUUCCCAGGAUAGUAGCACCCGGUCGGAUGCGACCGGUUCCUACCCGGACUACGAUUCCGAGGACAACGGCACGCUGAUCGAUGUGGUCCGUUGCGAUGAGGAGUCACACCUCUAUCCAGACUACGCGUACCAUCAGCGGCUCGGUGGCUGCGAACAUCCAGCGUGUGUGGAAGCGAUCAAAAAUCCGCACGCUGAGCAUUAUUGGCCAACCGUGGAGCAACCGCACGAUCGGCGCGCGCUGCCGGAUGAGCUGCGAACCGAGGGCGCUAUGAUGGAACCCCAUCCGGAACCGUGGGACGGUACGGGUAGCGGAGGCUCGGGUCCGCUCGAAGACGGUGAGCAGUGCAGGACCGUGGGUGAGCAAACGGACCCACCGGUGGCACGAACCGUCAACAAGAUGGAUGUGGACGGUCCGCUCGAUCUCAGUAUACAUCACCGAUGAAAGUAUGCCCUGAAUGAGAAUGGUUUGUUUUUCGCACCCCUCGGAUUCUAACUACUAAAAACCAAACCAAACCAAGCUAAACCAGCUAAUUAGUCCCCCUCUCCUUCCUUUCCUCCUCCCGUGUCCCGUUCCCACCCAAUCCUCCCUUUCCCUUGCUGCCUUCAAAGGAAGCGAAACAUUUUAAACUGUGUUCUGCAACGCAACUGAUGGAUUUUGUAGUCUGUAAGUGAAAUAACGUGUUUUUUUUACAUAUAUCUAUAUUACUUUAAUAUUUUACACACACGCGCCUACCUAUUAGCAGAAGCGUAUCUUUAUUAGAGGAAUGCGUUUAAAAGCGCACCAAACAAGCUAGCACAGCGAACCUGUAUAUCUUUAACUUAACGAUACAAAUCGAACGGUGGUACUAUGGCGCUGCGUUAUGCGUUAUGGUUUAAAAUUUUAAGCGCAGCGCAUAGUUUUCCGCCCAGCAAGACACUAACACACGCCACGGUGGCAGGAUUGUGCAGCUAACUUUUCAGGCAGGCGUUUUGUGAUCUAGCGUUGGGGUGAGGUUAGGCGAGCGAGAAGUGAACGCAAAUGGACCGAAUAAUAGAGUUAUAGCGAAUCCGAAUGUCGAAAGCUCGUGUCAGAGUAGUGACAAUUGAGUAGCGGUAAAAGGCAAAGGUUAAGAAAGGAAAACGCAAAAGCGCGGGGGAAGUACAAUUUAUUGAUGGCAAAGCAAGAAACCUCUGUGGUGUGUAUUGAAACUCAAUUUCGUUUAAAGCUAGAGCAUCGAACAAUCAAAAACACUUACUUGGUGCUGCAAAUUCUGUGGCGUACAUUGAAAUAAAGAAAACGCACGAAACCAGUGUUUCGGAAAUGGUAUUUGGUAUUAAAAAAA